AUGGGCGGCAGAAAAACUGGAGGAAAGUGGCUGGCUAUCUGCGGAACUCUGCUGCUGCUGAUAUGGGGCACCACAGCCACUGACCUGGAGGGUGGCCCAGCUGUUCAGGACAGCACGCAUAUGCAGGAAGGGGCAGAAGUAAAGGAGAACAGCCUCCUGACUUUCCUCGCUUGGUGGCGCGAGUGGACCUCCCAGGCUAGUGCCAGGCCCCUUGUCAGAGGGGAUGCCAGCAAGGUGUCCAAGCAGCAGGAAGGCCCACCCCUUCAGCAGUCCCCACACCGAGAUAAAACGCCCUGCAAGAACUUCUUCUGGAAGACCUUCUCCUCCUGCAAAUAA